AUAUCACUGCACUUUAUUCAUCCACACAACAAGCUAAGUGAAACAUUAGUUCAAAUCAACAUGGCUGCUAUUACAAUGAAAGCUUCAUUUCCACUUUUGAUGCUGCUGGGAAUUGCUUUACUAGCGUGUGUCUCUUCUAGAUCUGAUCAAGAGAAUCCAUUUAUCUUCGAAUCUAACAGGUUUCAAACUCUUUUUGAAAAUGAAAACGGUCACAUCCGUCUUCUCCAAAAAUUUGAUCAACGUUCCAAAAUAUUUGAAAAUCUUCAAAACUACCGUCUUUUGGAAUAUAAGUCCAAACCUCACACCAUAUUUCUUCCACAACAAACCGAUGCCGAUUUCAUCCUUGUUGUCCUCAGUGGAAGAGCUAUACUCACAGUGUUGAAACCCGACGAUAGAAACUCCUUCAACCUUGAGCGUGGAGACGCGAUAAGACUUCCUGCUGGCACCGUUGCUUAUUUGGUUAAUCGAGACGACGACGAAGAUCUUAGAGUAUUAGAUCUUGCCAUUUCCAUAAAUAGACCUGGCCAACUUCAGUCUUUCUUAUUGUCUGGAAAUCAAAAUCAACCUUCCAUCUUAUCUGGGUUCAGCAAGAACAUUCUACAGGCUUCCUUCAAUACCGAUUAUGAAGAGAUAGAGAAGGUUCUUUUGGAAGGGCACGAGAAAGAGACACAACAAAGAAGAAGCCUUAGGGAUAAGAGACAGCAGAGUCAAGAAGAGGAUGUAAUAGCCAAAUUAUCAAGGCGACAAAUUCAGGAAUUGAGUAAAAAUGCAAAGUCUAGCUCCAAAAAAAGUUUAUCCUCAGAAUUUGAGCCAUUUAACUUAAGAAGUCGCAAUCCUAUCUAUUCCAACAAGUUUGGCAAAUUCUUUGAAGUCACCCCAGAGAAAAAUCCGCAACUUCAGAACUUGGAUAUACUUGUUAAUUCUGUUGAGAUUAAGGAGGGAUCUCUACUAUUGCCACACUACAAUUCGAGGGCCAUAGUAAUAGUAACAGUUAACGAAGGAAAUGGAGAUUUUGAACUUUUGGGUCAAAGAAAUGAAAACCAACAAGGACAGAGAAAAGAAGACGAAGAAGAAGAGGAACAAGGGGAAGAAGAGAUAAACAAACAAGUGAUAAAUUACAAAGCUAAGUUGUCUCAAGGAGAUGUUUUUGUAAUUCCAGCAGGUCAUCCAGUUGCCAUAAGAGCUUCCUCAAAUCUCAAUUUGCUUGGAUUUGGUAUCAAUGCUGAGAACAACCAGAGGAACUUUCUUGCAGGCGAGGAGGACAAUGUGAUUAGCCAGAUACAUCGAUCAGUGAAAGAUCUUGCAUUCCCUGGAUCAGCUCAAGAGGUUGAUAGACUAUUAGGAAAUCAGAAACAAUCUUACUUUGCAAAUGCUCAACCUCAGCAAAGAGAGAGAGGAAGCCAUGAAACAAGAGAUCGUCUAUCUUCAAUUUUGGAUGCUUUUUAAUGAAUGAGCAAAUAAUAUGCAUGUAUGCUAUCAAGAUAUAUAGCUCAUAGUGAGCAAAGAAUAAAACAAUGUUCUCUAGUAACUAUAAUUAUAUUUCCACUUUUAUACUACGAAAAAAUAAAUAAAGAGCAUUUUGAUGA